ACAAAAGUGCAAAGCGAGCGCCGCUAAAAACAGGGGCAACCCGGCCGUGUAAUCGCGCAAGUGUCGUUGACUGUCCGCGUUGACUAGUGCUGCCGAUAUUUCCGCAAGCGUGCUCGUGGACACAAGCUGCCCGAGAAAUGUCGACGUGGAAUUGGUCGCAAGCCCGCAGUGCGUGAGAUUCUGAUUCGAAGCCGGAUUCGAAGGGUAGCAUGUCUGAUUCACAAGGAUACACCAAUGCCUCCGGGCAGUCCGAAGCCCAACAGGCGUUGGAAUACUUCUGGCCUCGCGUCAUGGAGGAAACGAGGAACCUGGGUGUGAACGAGUUCAAGAACCAGGAAUUGCCACUAGCCCGUAUAAAGAAGAUAAUGAAGCUAGACAAAGACGUUAAGAUGAUCAGCGCUGAGGCCCCAGUGCUUUUUGCCAGGGCUGCUGAAAUCUUCAUCACAGAGCUCUCGCUACGUGCCUGGGUUCACACGGAAGACAACAAGAGGCGCACAUUGCAGAGGAACGACAUUGCCAUGGCCAUCACCAAGUACGACCAGUUUGACUUUCUCAUCGACAUUGUGCCACGCGAUGAGCUCAAGCCGACCACUAAAAGGACGGAAGAGACUGUUCGGACAGCCACCAUGCCUGCUGACCAGGUCCAGUACUACUUCCAGUUGGCUCAGCAACACCAGGCAGCGCUGCAGCAACAACAGCAGCAACAACCCACAGCUCUGGCAACAGCUGGACAGCCCCAGAUUCAAAUAGUGCAGACAACUGGUGGCAAUGCACAGGCCCUGACGGUGCAGAAUGCGACACCUUCUUUUUCGGUGCCCUCUGUACUACAAGUGCAACAGGUUGGUACUGCAGAACAGCAGCAACAAGCUCAGCAACAACAGCAGCAGCAGAUACAGCUGCAGACACAACCGCAGGUGGUACAGCUGCAGCAGCCCGUGCAGACGCAGCAGGUUGCACAGCAGGGAGGCAUCCAGAUUGUGCAGCAAGUCAUCAACAGCAACGGGGAGAUACAGCAGAUUCCGAUUCAGCUGACACCCGCACAGCUACAGCUGAUCCGGAUGCAGAUGCAAGGGCAGAGCACGGGUCAACCCAUCAUCAUCCAGACGGCACCCAUCCCCCAGGCUGCGCCGCAGCCCCCGCCACAGCAGCCUCAGACGCUGUACCAAAUCCAGCAGGCCCCAGGACAGCCGGCUUCGGUGUUUCUCGCUCCGGCAGGGGCGGUAACUGGCGCACCGCAAACCACCGUCCAGAUUCAGACGCAACAGGAGACGCAGUCCACCGAAGACGAUGGCACCGACCAAUGACAGCAGAGGGACUGCGACUGUUGAUACCCUCUUGUAAAAGAAUCGUUGUACAGACUCACUCCACCACCACCAGAGAACUUGCCUUUUGUAGCACAUUGUACUUGUCUUUCUUUCCUUUUUUUUUUAAUAAAUGGGACAAGUGGCAUCAUCACCUUCACCACCUUGCAA